AUGUCCGCCGUUGUAGCCCCUGGCGGGAGGGCUGUUAGCGGGGUUGUUCUUAACGAAGCUGCUGCUGCUAGCGGGUCGGUUCUUAGCGGGGAUCUUCUGGCAGGCGGCGAUGCGGCCGCGGCGCCAGUGAUAGUGUUAGGGGAGGAGCAAAUGGUGGGGGUCGGAGAAACCGGAAAGAAGGUUCCUUUCUACCUGAGGGAGGCGAAGCCAGGAGUGAUCGAACUGUCUGCAGCCACUCUGCCCCACGUGCUGCGGCUCAGGCCCACCCUGGUCAUGUUCUACGCGCCCUGGUGCCCCUACUGCCAGCGCAUGGAGGCCGCAUGGGCGGCUCUGGCGGAGAAGCUUCAUCAGGAGAGCUUCAACGUGCAGGUUGCUUGA